AGUAAUACAUUGGCAGUUGGGUGGGGAGGGUUUUCGUCAAUAAAGUUUCCUUUAUUAUUCUUCUACAAGAGAAGUUCUUUUUUAUUUAAAUAAUUGAAAGGCUAAUACUGCAUAAGGAAUUGGAAGAAUAUUAUAAUAAAUUUCCAAGAUGUCGACAUCUGCGAUAUAUAUUUUAGACGUAAAGGGGAAGGUUUUGAUCUCUCGAAAUUAUCGCGGAGACAUAGAAACGGGUGUUAUAGAAAAAUUCAUGCCUCUAGUAAUGGAACGCGAAGAGGAAGGCAAUCUUACUCCGAUUAUUCAAACUGCUGAAUGUACAUAUGCGUACAUCAAGUACAAUAAUCUGUAUAUUGUGUCUACUACAAAAAAGAAUGCAAAUAUUUCCUUAGUAUUUGUAUUCUUGCACAAAUUGGUGCAAGUGAUGCAAGAAUAUUUCAAGGAACUGGAAGAAGAGAGUAUAAGAGACAAUUUUGUAGUCAUUUAUGAGCUCCUAGAUGAAUUAAUAGAUUUCGGUUACCCACAAACCACGGACAGUAAGAUAUUACAAGAGUACAUUACUCAAGAGGGUCAUAAGCUUGAAAUUCAACCACGCAUUCCUAUGGCUGUAACUAAUGCAGUAUCUUGGAGAUCAGAAGGAAUAAAGUACCGCAAAAACGAAGUAUUUCUGGAUGUCAUAGAAUCUGUGAACCUUCUAGCAAAUGCUAAUGGAAAUGUAUUGAGUUCUGAAAUUGUUGGUGCCAUAAAGAUGAGAGUUUACUUGUCUGGAAUGCCAGAAUUAAGGCUUGGUCUAAACGACAAAGUGUUAUUUGAAUCUACAGGACGUGGAAAGUCCAAAUCUGUUGAGUUGGAAGAUGUGAAAUUCCAUCAAUGUGUCAGAUUGUCUAGAUUCGAAAAUGAUAGGACAAUUUCCUUCAUUCCACCUGAUGGAGAGUUUGAAUUGAUGUCUUAUAGACUAAACACCCAUGUAAAGCCUCUGAUAUGGAUUGAAUCUGUCAUUGAGAGGCAUGCCCAUAGCAGAGUGGAAUACAUGAUAAAAGCAAGAUCACAGUUUAAGAGACGUUCCACGGCCAACAAUGUAGAAAUAGUAAUUCCAGUACCCAAUGACGCAGACUCUCCUAAAUUUAAGACUACCAUUGGCAGUGUUAAAUAUUCACCAGAGCAAAGUGCUAUAACUUGGUUCAUUAAGUCAUUCCCUGGUGGAAAAGAAUAUUUGAUGCGAGCACACUUUGGUCUACCAUCUGUUAUUGGAGAAGAUGUAGAAGGAAAGCCACCAAUUCAAGUGAAAUUUGAGAUUCCAUACUUCACUACUUCUGGAAUUCAAGUGCGCUAUCUAAAAAUAAUCGAGAAGAGUGGAUACCAGGCACUACCAUGGGUAAGAUAUAUAACUCAGAAUGGAGAUUAUCAACUGAGGACAAAUUGAACAAAUUAGUGGAGAAAAAAAAUGUUUUUAGCACUUCAUUUUAAUCUUAACUGAAGAUAAAUGAAUAAAAACUAGUCGGUUUGCUUAGUACGCUUCCGAAUGUUUAUAGUUGACGAUUGUGACACAUUUGAAGUGUAAGAUUGUAUAGAAUCUAGAAAUAGUAUUUGCAAUAUUGACAAAUAAUUUAGUCUCUAAUUUUUUUUUUUUUUUGCAAUUUUAAUACUCCUUCACAUUUUGUAUAUGUUCUUCAUGUGUUGUAUAUAAUUUUUUUUAGAAUAGUUUCGGUAAUCUGUUCUCGUGAUAUCAUAAAUUGCGUUUAAAUGCAAAGUACUUAAUUUAUUAACUGUAUGUUUCUUUCGAUUUCGUUAUAAAUAUGUAUUACAAAUUAUAUUUUUUUCAUAUACUAUUACACGUUAAAUAAUCCAAUAUAAAAAAGAAAAAAAAAUGUAAAUAUAUUGAAAAUCAUGGUGUCUGAAUGUUUUCCUGGAAUUGUUAAUGAAUUAAUAGGCAUUUUCCUGUAGUAACAUAAGGUCUAAUAGUAUUGGAAAACUAUUAUAUAUCCGUAUGACCAUAAAUAAUAAUAUUGUUAUUAUUGUAAACAGUGUAUUAGUAAUUUAAGAUACUGAGGGAAUGUAUUAAAUUUUUAACAGAAAUCA